CUUAAAGCAGCACUUCAAAAUGAGUUCAAAGAAUAUAAUCAUACGUUUUAUUGGUUUGGUUCUAUUAGCUUUUUGUCUAACUAAUGUGGAAGCUCAACUUCGAGUUGGGUUCUACCAAAGCACUUGUUUUCCAGCUGAGUUUAUUAUUAGGAAUGCAGUCUUCAACGCAAACAGGGAUAUUACAGCAGGUUUAGUAAGACUCCAUUUUCACGAUUGCUUUGUUAGGGGUUGUGAUGGAUCGGUUCUCAUUGACUCGACGCCAGGAAACACGGCCGAGAAAGAUUCACCUGCAAAUUUCCCUAGUCUACGAGGUUUUGAAGUCGUGGACACUAUUAAAAAUGCCCUCGAAACAGUAUGCCCAGGAGUGGUUUCUUGUGCUGAUAUACUUGCAUAUGCAGCAAGAGACAGUCUUUUAAGAACAGGAGGAAUAGGAUACGAUGUCCCAGCAGGGAGAAGAGAUGGCACGCUUUCGUUAGCCUCGGAAACAAUAGAUUUGCCCCGUCCAACAUUUAAUGUGACUGAACUCACUCAAAAUUUCGCCAAUAAAGGACUGACACAAGAAGAAAUGGUGACACUAUCGGGUACCCAUACGAUUGGUCGAUCUCACUGCACUUCAUUCCGUGACAGACUCUAUAAUUUCAACGUAACUGUAAGCCAAGAUCCAAGUUUAGACGCAGCUUAUGCAGCCCAACUUAAGCUAAGUUGUCCAGAAAGUAACAAUGAUCCUGCCCUAGUCGUUCCGAUGAACCCAGGAAGUCCAAACGUGGCCGACGUGGGAUAUUUCAUUGAUGUUUUAACCAACCGUGGGUUGUUCACGUCAGACCAGACGCUCUUGACUAACCAAGCUACAGCUGCUCAAAUGGCCCAGAAUCGGAACCCUCUCGUUUGGAAUGACAAAUUGAGAGCUGCAAUGGUGAAGAUGGGUAAUAUUGGUGUCUUGACUGGAAGUGCUGGGAAGAUUCGAUUGAACUGUCGGGUUCCUAACUAAAAAGGCCAAAGAUGGGAAAGAGAUACAUGGCAACCAGCAAUUGUGCUUGACUUAGCCGGUAGUGUCAGAUUGUUGUUUGACAACUUGUUAUUAGAUUAUGUUCCGAUUGGCAAUACCAUGGAACUUAUUAAUCGCCUAAAUAAAUCGUCCUCCCUCGUCAAUAAAUUAAAGUAUUACUGUGAUAAACAAAUAUCUUAAUUGCGAAAUAUUUCUAUUGAUUAUUUUGA